AUGACGGACACUGAGGUGUCGAAGCGAACACUCGAAGCUGAUGGCGAUGAGGGUGGUGUUUCCAAGAAGCGUUUGGUGACUGACUCUUCGAGCGUUGAAGUCGUUGAAACUCUUUUGGGCAAAUCCCGCGUCACAGAUGAAGAGUUCAAGGUUGUAUUAUCGCACGCAACUCCAGAACAGCGUCUGAGGUUCAUUCAGCGCCAGAUUGGCCACUACUUGUCCAAUGAGAACCUGAGCCGUGACAACUUUUACCACCAAAAGUUUACCGAAGACAGCUCGAAAGCGGGUGUUGAGAAUGUGCUGGAGCUAAAGUACAUUUUGAGCGCCAAAAGGAUGCUAGACAUCAAGGCCACCUCCGAAGAUGUGAAGUCCGCACUGGACGCCAAUCCACUGCCUGGCAUCAGUUUGGAAGAGAUUUCUGGCACACUGUACGUGCGCAAGAACGACGGUCUACCUCGUUUCGAGGGCAGGAAGUUGUUUGAAAAGAAAAAGAAGUUCGGUGAAACGCACGACACCUAUCACGCGGCCGGACCCAUCCUGUUCAUUUCCAACGUUCCCGAGAGCGUUCGUGAAUGGACCCCGGUGAAAGAAGCCCUGCAAAAGGACAAGCAGGUGCGGGUUCGCUUCAUUUCCCCCGUCUCCGACAAUGGGACCUGUUUCGCCUGGGUGAACAAAUCUCCGGAAGUCAUGACGGCUGUGAAGGAGCUUGCGCCGGAAUUGGAAGGAGCUGUAUUACAUGUUUCGCUGGUUGACAGCGAAGAGAGGUACAAGGAGUUCAUUUCUACCCUCAAACCCAGCAUAUUGAGCUCUCGCAACAAGGAACUGCAGCGCAUCCAUUCGGAGAUAAUGUCGUCUCCUUUGGAAAUCAACGGUCUGGUGAUCAGGAACUUCGGGUCUAUCCGCCCUCUGUUGAACGGCGUCCUCGAGUCGUCUGACCACGGUACUGCGAUUGCUGUUGACUCACAGGCCGGAGUGCUGUUGAAAUUCGUUCUGGACUUCCACCCACGUGCCUACGAGAAGCUGUGUAAGAGCCACAGAUCGCUGGUUGGCUUCGAGAUAGCCGUUGGUGCGUUCAAAGAGGGCUCCAAAAAGAAGUGUUUCCUGGUCAUCACCAAGGACAACAACAGCGGCAAGGAGUACAAGGAGGACUUUUCCAUCAGCAAGUGUCUGGAGUGUCUCCGGGUGAUGGCGCACACGAUUCCGAAGACUGAAAAGCGCGAUUUCAUCAAAUCGCUAUCUGUUACAAGCCCAUGA